UGCGGGGCGCUGUUGCCUCACUGUUUUGUAGCACUUCGCAUUACAGUAUUCUGUGAACUCUGCGGCUUGGUUUUCUCCUGUUCCUCUUAUUGUUUAUUCAUAAUUACUAUGUUUUACUGUGAAAUCCGACUUGAGACGAGGCUCUAUGACAUUGCUGUAGAGCUGAAGACCCAACAAUAGUGAAUAUUUAUGGUAACGCAGUUAAACCAAGCACUCCUUUACAAACCGACAGUCCCCUGCAGCCGUAGCCCGUCUUCUCCAAGCUCCUACACGCCACAAACUUCUGCCUGUGCCGUGGCUUUAUAUCUGCUCUGGCUGUCGGCCUCUCGGUUGGCAACAACCACUAAACUAGUAGUCAGCACCUUUACCCUGAAAGGGUAGAUACUUCUCUGUCCACCCUGGCGUUUCCUUGCUUUGAUGGCUCAUAUCUCCCAAAGCAAGAGAGUGAGUUUGUACAUCUGGUCCUGGAUGAACUGGCUGAAUACCAGCACAAGUCUAAUCACAAAAGUGUACUACUGUUCCCUCCUCUGCCCAGCCGACUUCGGUACCUGAUCCACCGGACCACAGAGGACAUGCCCAACCUUACCACCUUCUCUAUAGGCGAGAGUUUUUGCCGCAGAGUGGUAGUCUGCUACUCAGAGCUCCGUGCGGAUGAGGUUGAGGAAGACAGUGAUUUGGAGAGUGCCAUCAGCUUGUAUGAGGAGCCCCCAUGGCCAAGAGGUAGAGGGGUGGUCGAGAGGACUGCCAAGCCUAAACCAUCUACUUCACUGCAAAACCGAGGGCCUAAGAGGCCUGACCAGCCCCUCUACAUGCCCCGCGCUGUUCGGCAGAGACUGUCCCUCCAGAACGCUCCAGUACCCCCAAAAGGCCAAGUGGUGUCAAGUCCAGGCUUCUCUGGUUGCAGCUGCAUGAGCUCUUCAUCCAGCUCCUGUUCCUGUUCUGACAGGACAGAGAACACACAGUCGUUGUCCACCUCAAACCAGGAAUCACUUCCAAGCAUGCCCCACAACGUAGCUGACAAUAUGUGUGACUGUGGACCCAGCAGCUCACCACCUUGUCCUGAGAGUGAGAAGCAGGACGUUGUGCUGAAUCUGCAUGAAGCUAACCCCCUGGACUGGAACCAGAUUGUGUCGUAUUUCAGUGCUGUGGCGGUGGAUGACAAAAAGGAGGACCUGGCUAGUGUGCCACACAGCAACCAGACAGAAGACAAGAGUGCAGACACAGCUGACUUAACUGAAGAGAUCAUGGCACACCUGAAAGAGACAGUGGGUGUUUCCAUUGAGCAUGUCCACAGUGACUACUCCGGUUUUGAGAACGUGUGGGUCAACUCGGAUGACUUUGGCCAUGUGAUUGAGAUCUAUGACUUCCCGGCCAUGUUCACGACAGAUGACUUGCUUGAUGCCUUUGAAGAGUACAGUCAUGGUGGGAUGAAAAUCAAGUGGGUGGAUAACACACAUGCCUUGGGGGUUUUCUCCAGUGAGUCUGCAGCACUGAAUGCCCUGUCCAUCCGCCACCCUGUCCUGAAGGCACGAACAUUGUCUGAAGGAAGCAAAAAAGCCAAAGGCAAAGCCAUUAGGAGAGCAGAGUUUAUCCAGCCAGUAAAGGAGCGUCCUCGGACAGACUCUGCUGUUGCCAGGCGAAUGGUGACCAGAGCCCUCGGGCUACAGAGAGGAGGUCGAAGCCUACGGUACUGAAGAGGACCACUGCUAACGCUGUUGGCCAACACAGGCAGGCCCAGCAGAAGUCUGCCUCAGUGUACCUGCCCUCUUCCAAGCCUCCACGGUGGUCCAAAACAGCCUUCAACACUACAUGACUACCAUCUAGCUCUGGGAUUAAUUACGCCAGAGAAUCUGAGGUGAAAUACUGGAGCACACGGAUCAAAAGGCAAAUAAUUUAUUGCAGACUAACAUUCAAGGAGUCACUAGGGUAGCAGUGACAGCUAGUAGAGGCACUGGCUGGAGUAAAAAGAACGAAGGGUCGCUUAUUAGGUAAUAGUCAUUUGGUAAUAGCGCCAAUUAAUACAACUAGGAAAAGGGACAUUGUGGUCCCAUUCCUUAAUAACUGAUCCACACAAUGGAUUUGUAGUAAUCCUGUUCAAAUUGUAGUUUCACAUAGCUGAGGAAGCUUUGGAGAAAAGAAGUGGAGCACUCGGCCAGUUUUGAGACUGUUCAAGGGCCAGGGAAUUUUUUAAGCCUUCGACCAGGUGUUGCAGGAUCAGGUUGAGAGAUUUGCUUAAGCAGUGAUUGUUCACUAACUUUGUUAAUGUUGUAUUCAUUCAUUUAUAUUUAAUUCUCAGGAGUUAAAACCUGUUAUGAGGUGUGCUGAAGUUAAAGCUAGGUCUGUCUGCUGCUUUGAGAGAGCAGAAAGAAAUACAGACGAAGAAUUGCCUGGUUGGAUUUUUUUUCCCUUUUCAAACACUGAUUUCAACAGCUGUGUUUAAUAAAAUACAUCCAGUACUGAUUUUUAAAAUACAUUUGUACAUAAAACAUGUACAGAGAACAUGGGAUUGGAAUAGACAUUAUUGCUAUUGUUCUAGUCUAGUUUUGUUACAUUUUUGUAAACAAGUUGCAGAAUUUUCACUUGUUCUUGACUGCACUCAUAAAUAUUGAAUUUUUUAGUGUUUAUUUUAUUGUCCAUUAUAAAACCAAAAAAACUUACUCCACUUUACUGAAAGACAGAAAUUAUGGACCCAUUAAAGUUUAAGCAUUAUGCCCUUUAUUGUGCUGUUAUGUUUUUGUUAUUAAUUUGAUGACAUUUUUUAAACUUAAACCCUAAACAUUGUUUUAACUUCCUGUAACCACAAAAUCCAAAAUGCCAUGAGGACAGAGCUUUUCUGCAGUACGUUAAGCUUGCAUUCAGUUAAAGAUUUACAGUAGUUUUCCUGUCAUAUUCAAACAUUGUCUUAUCCUGAAAAUGGUCUUUGCGCCAGACACAACUACAACAAAUAAUUUGACUUUUCUGUGGUAAUAAUCUGUAGAAUUUGUCCACAUCCAGGGACUACUUUGAGGGAGAGGACCAUUAUUAUUACUGCAUUAAAAAUCCUGCACAAGAGGGCAGUGUACACCCAUAGAAAUCUGAAACCCACAUGGGGUUUUAACUAGAGGUGUGGUUUAAGAGAAGUGUUGUAUUAAAUUCUACUGUAUGUGAAUGUUUUAAUUAAAUUUGUAAAUAAUUAUAUUAAAACACUGAUUUAAAUACA